AAGCAGGCGCUGGGAGUCGUCCGCCCGCUUGUCGCGAGUGCCGCGCUGUGUAGUAGUCACUCGGGUGGGCAGUCGUAGACGGCAAGUCCGUACAUGGUGUCGUCGGGCGGGCGGUUGCGGCGUACGGGUAGCAGGACAACAACAAUAAUAAUAAUAUCUACUGCAGAUCGAUAAAAGUUUUCGUGUUCACUUUUUAUUGUAUUUUGUCGGCAGAAACAUUGCACCGCCAUCCGUACAAUUAUAACGUACAGGUAGUUGCAAUACCUGCAGAGUGCAUUCGGUGUACGGUAAUAUUAAUAUACAGAAGAAAAAAUAUCAGCUAUUAUAGUACUAUACCGUGAAUAAGAGGAUAUAAGAUAAUAUAGAAGUCCCUAUCAGUGUAUUCUUCAACUAAGUUAUGUUUUUUAUUUAAUCUCCAGCUGUUUUUUUUUAUAAAAUCAUAAUUAACAUGCAAGAACCACCAACUGAUUGGCUUAUGAUCAUCGCAAUAUGUUUCAUAACUAGUUGUGUAUUAAUUGGAGUACUGUGUGUUGUUUGUUGUUUUUGGUCUAAAUGCUUACUAUUCAAUUGUUGUCGACCAAACUAUAACAACACUUUUAUUAUAUCUUAUGACAAGCCGGAAGAAGCAUUGAAUUUACCACCAGAAGACACAAAUAACAGUACUUGUUAUUCACCCGUACGAAUGAAAAAA